AUGGAAAACAAGCUUUGGCAUAACACCCUGGAGAACUGCAAUCAAGACCAAGCAAAUCCCCAGGAUGCGGAGGACUUCGUCCUCCUGCUGCUGGGCCUCAUCAUUCUUGUCAACAUUGGCAUCAACCUGACAACUGUGAUGUGGCGUGGGCUCCAGAGUGUCGUAGACAAGACGAUCAACUGGAUUCAUCAGAAAAAUGCAAUCUUGCAGGCUUGUGAAAGUUCCCCCAAAGACGCCCCAGCCAAGGCCCAAGACAUCCACAUCCACUGCGCCCUGGACCCUGUUGAAGUGAAGGUGACCCAGCCCUCCUGCUACUCGGAUUCCUCCCAUCACCAUCCUCGCAAGCGCAGCUACCGCCCGCGCCGCCGCCACCACCACCGCCGCUCCCCCUACGGCUACCAGCAGAGACAGAAGAACCACAGACAAUUCCCCCCAAAUUGCACGCUCUUCCACAGCCCACAUCACAGACACAAGAGGUCACAGCUGAGGCCAAAACCCAUCUUUGAUCAGGAGGACCCGGACUCCUUUCUGGAGGAGGACAACAACCUGUCCUUCCCACAUCCCAAGUACCCCCCGUGGGGCUGGGGUGGGCUGUGCCAUCGGAUGGGGCUGCCCUCCAACCUGAGGCUGUGGGGCCGCCAGGGCGGGAUCCUGGCCAGCUUGCCACCACCCUCAAUCUACCAGUCCCCUGAGCUGCGCCGCAUGCCCAAGCGCGUGGAGGCCAAGUCAGAGCUGAGGCUGCAGUGCUAUGGGCUCCGCCGCUCACAGUCCCGCGUCUGGGGCAAUAUGGAGGCUGAGCAGGGGCCCUUGCCCCCUCCACCUCCCCACCGGCUGCCUCCCAACCCCUCCUGGGCCCAUGGGGGGCACAGCCCUUACCAAUCAAGGGGCCAGCUCCCGUAUGACUGCUGGGAUCAGCGGCGGCGUGGUCUGGAGGCCUCCGAGCCUCCAUCCGCCCUGAUGGCCCGGAGCUGCCGGCCCGAGGCCCGGGAGUACUGCUCCCCACAGGCCCACCGCCGGAGCCUCCCCGGCCAUGCUUAUAGCCACAGUCCCUACCCGUCCACAGGACACUUGAGCUACACCUCCCGGGAUCCCCAUGAGGUACGGCGCCGGGCGGCUGAAUGGGCUGAGGCCCUGCCCACUCAGCACCCUCUGACGACAUCUGCCUCCCUCACUGUGUUGGGCGAGGUCUCAUACCAACGGACCCUGGCUCCCAGCCAGCCCCUGCCUGAAGCCCAGACUCCUGAGCCACCCCCAAUCACCUUCAUGCCACUCAGCCGGAGCCCAGGGGGCAAUGCCAAUUACCAGGUGUACGACAGCCUGGAGCUGAAGCGGCAGGUGCAGGAGAACAGAGCGAGGGCCAACUCACUGCCACCACCCUCCACCUCCGCCUCCAGGCCCUCGCUGCACAGGAGCCGGGCUGGGAAACUUAACUGA